CACGAAACAUGCAGACAUCUUGGAGCUUUAAUUGCGGAGUUUUGCUCCUUUGUGCGACUCUGUGCUCUGGUCAGAAUGUAACAAAACCGAAUGGCAACCAGCCGGCCAUCAAAGUGAAGAUCUAUCCGCAGUCAUCUACAUUAGAAUCGUCGACUAGCUCCUCUAGUACUACCACUACCACCACCACGACUCCCAAUCCCAAAGGCAACCCGACUCCCAAGUCCUCGAUACCGGCACACGAAAUCGAGGAAGAUGACUAUAACUUCCACAACGAUCGUCUGCCCGAAUUAACAGAGGAUGAGUACAACAAUCUCAGUGAAGAUGCCAAUCCGCUGCACUUCCUCAAGCAUCAGCCGCUGGAUCUGGAAAGUGACGAGACGAAGCCACCCCAAUCCGAAAAGGAAGAGCAGGAGCCUCAGGCUGAAAAACAGGAAUCUCCAAGCAAGACCCAGCCCGAAUCGCCAGUAGCUGCUCCACAACUUCCUAGUUCACCCAUCUACAUAACGAUUCCCAUUUAUAUCAGCACGGGUGGUAAGCUCCCUGUCACCCUAACCAUUGGUGAUCAAGAAGUGUCCCUGAAAAAAGCAUCAGGAUCUGGGUCCAGCAGGAAGAAUCCCUCUACCAAGGCACCCAACUCGCAUUUCAAUCGCUUGCUACAGCAAAUUGAAUCGCCCAAGAGGAGAACCACCAAUCGCCAUCGUAGCCAGCUCAAGAGUCACAUCCAUGCGCUGGAGGAGAGGAAGAAUCGCAGGGAUCUAGUGUACCAUCCGAUGGACUAAACAUUAUCGUUUUCAAGAUAUAUGGCAUAUAAUUUAUAGCUAAACAAUAAAUAAAUGACAAUA